AUGAAGCUUUCGACCGUUGCCGUCUUGGCCAGUGCCACUUCCGUCCUUGCCGCUCCCACGCCCAACACACAGGACACAGAUGCUGCCAAGCGCGGCUACGACGGCUACGGAAGCUAUCAGGGCGCUGGGUCGGCGCCCGCCAGCUAUCCUAGUUACGGAAAAUACGACGGCGCUGGGGAGAACCUCCCGAGUUACCCUAGCUACGGUCAUUACAAGGAGAAGCGCGAGGCCCAGCCCAAUGAGGCUGAGGAGAAGAGAGACUACGGCAAUUAUCCUAGCUACGGAAGCUACGGCGGCGCUGGGUCGAACCUCCCCAGCUACCAUGGCUACGGCUCCUACCGCCGCGCUGUCGACUGGGUCAAGAGCUGGUUCCAGUAG